AUGGCCGCUCCACUUCGCUCCUUCGCGACGACGGCUCUCCGUCAAGCUCACGCGGGCAAGCUCGUGAACAAGUCCCUAUCCGCACCCGUUGCAGCCAAGGCUAUUGCUCGUCCUUUCACGGCAUCGUCAUCUCCAGAUCGGCAAGGCCCCUCCGCCACCCCCCCUGCUUCUCAGCAGGCCCAGAUACUCCUCGAGGACCCGAAGGCCGGCUUCGGGUUCGUGCGACACAACCCGCUGCCGCCGAAGCCGCGCCGCCGCGGUGUCACCGAGAUCCGCGGGCCGUACUACUCCGCUGUCGGCCCGCGCUACCUGGCCGAUGUGCUCGAAAUCGCGGGCCCGCACAUCGACGGGCUCAAGUUCGCCGGGGGGUCCUUCGCGCUGCUACCGGAGGCGCCGCUGCGCCAGCUCCUAGACCUGGCACACGCGCACGGCGCCUACGUCAGCACGGGCGGCUGGAUCGAGCACAUCCUCUCGUCCGGCGGCACCGACGCCGUCGACCACUACCUCACGCGGUGCAAGGCCCUCGGCUUCGACGUCGUCGAGCUGAGCGCGGGCUUCAUAUCACUGCCGCCCGACGACUGGGUGCGGCUCGCGGAGCGCGUGCGUGCCGCGGGCCUCGAGCCCAAGCCCGAGCUCGGCAUCCAGUUCGGCGCCGGAGGCGACACGUCGGCUGCCGAGCUGCGCGCCAUCGGCACGAGCGACCCGGGCCGCGUCGUCGAUCUCGCGCGGCGCUUCGUGCGCGACGCGGGCGUCGAGCGCGUCAUGAUCGAGAGCGAAGGGAUCACAGAAAAUGUCGGCGACUCCUGGCGCACAGACGUGAUCAAUGAUAUCCUCCGCGAGCUGCCCCUCGAAAACGUCAUGUUCGAGGCGGCGGACCCGGCCGUGUUCAACUGGUACAUCCGCGAAUUCGGUGUCGAUGUGAACCUCUUCGUCGACCACUCGCAGAUCGUCCAGCUGGCCGGGCUCCGGGCGGGCAUCUGGGGCAAGAGCGACACCUUCGGCAAGAUCACCACGUUCCGUCCCCCGGACACGCUGUCUUGA